AUGUCUGGAGGGAAAAGGCGAAAAACUCACGAAAAUAUAUCAAAUUCGAACGACGAAAGCAGCAACAAAGAAAACUUGACUCCUGCAAUACAAAUGAAUAAAUUAGAGAACACUACGUUAAACAAUAAAGAUAAAGAUACCAACAACUGGUUCAAUAUUGUAGAAAGUUCCAGAAAGAACUUAGAACUGGAAUCAUAUGAAACAAUAUCACAUGAUACCAACAUGAUUGAUGUGGAAGCAGAUCCUAAGACUCCAAAUCAAUAUAAAGAAACUAUAAGACAAAAACGGGAGAAUAUGCGUGAUGGCAGCUCUAAUGAGGAUAAUAUCGAGGAAGGGCAAAAAGACAAAGCUACUGAUAGCUUAGACAAAUCUACACAUAAUACUGCCUGUGAGAAAGAUAUAGAAAUGUUAUCUCUAAAUGGUGAAACCCUUGAAACCAUAUUAGAAAAAGACAAAAAAGAACAAGAUCAACCAAUUUUAUCAAACGGGGUUCCACAUCAUAUCGAACCAAACAGAGAUUUACAUCAGGAUGGAAUGGAUAAAUGA